UAGAGCCAUAAAUAAACAUUUAAUUUUUCAGAGCCUACGGUCUACAAUAGCUCUCUUUAGCACAAGUGGCAAGUUUGUGUUUGGAGGUACAACUGCAUGUUUAGCAGUUUUUCUUUUUUUUUUUCUUUACAGCAGUACAGAUAUAACGAUGACCAUAUGUAAGAUUGAUCUUUUUGAUACUGUUAUAAGUGGGCUGCAUUGAAAUCCCUAUGGCUGAAACAAACCAUCACAUCGGCCUUAAUGCCUCCUAGGGGUCCUUGCAAGCAGUCCCAGGUCAUGGUUCAGUACACGUGCACAGUGACCCAAGUCCCCUCAAAGUCGUGCAGUGAAGAGCAGCGCGUACCCAGUGCGGCUGCGAAGCACCUGACCAAGGCAGCGGUCAGACCUGCAAAGUGGCAGAGGGUGCGAAGAUUCUCCUGAUCUUGAGAGGCUGUCACCGAAAAUUGAACCUGGCCUUACAAAUGCGAUGAGCCUAGCUGAAAGUAUCACUGCCAAAACGACAUGCCACGCCCCUUCCAAGGUCGUCAAUCAACUCGAGAUUGGCACGCAGUGCAGCUUGCCUCUGGCUGACAAAUCUGUCGGGUGCUCCUUGCAAGCAUGGAAAGUGUCGAGGAGCAUACAGACCACGAUGACUGUUGAUCAGUUCAGCGCUACCUCAGGUUCAAAGCAUUCAUCCUGUACAAUAACUACCAAGGAUGAUAAGUCACAGAAAGGACACCUCCACCACUGUGAUCACUGUGACUAUAAAACCAGAAGACCGUCCGACCUGAAAGUACAUACUAGGGUCCACACAGGUGACAAGCCAUUUCAGUGCCCUUCAUGCUCUCUGAGCUUCUCAAAAAAGGGCACUCUUGACACACACCAGCGUGUCCACACCGGUGAACGGCCAUUUAAAUGCCAUUUGUGCCCUCGGAGCUUCUCACACAGAAACGCUCUAAAGGUUCAUUUGCGCAUCCACUUUGGCGAGCGGCCAUAUCAGUGCCCCUCGUGCCCUCAGACUUUUGUGGAUAGGACGCAUCUGAAUGUUCACCUACGCAUCCACACGGGUGAGCGGCCAUAUCAGUGCCCCUCGUGCCCUCAGAGUUUCAUACAGAGCAGCUACUUGAAGGUUCACCUACGCAUCCACUCAGGCGAGCGACCAUACCGCUGUACCAUCUGCUCCAAGUCCUUUGUGCGGUCUUAUCACUUGAAGACACAUAUGAAAACACACCGCCGUGACAGCCCUGAGGGUAGUCUACGUAAGGAUGGUAAGUCACAGAAAGGACACCUCCACCACUGUGAUCACUGUGACUAUAAAACCAGAAGACCAUCCGACCUGAAAGCACAUGUUAGGGUCCACACAGGUGACAAGCCAUUUCAGUGCCCGUCAUGCUCUUUGAGCUUCUCAAAAAAGGGCACUCUUGACACACACCAGCGUGUCCACACCGGUGAACGGCCAUUUAAAUGCCAUUUGUGCCCUCAGAGCUUCUCACACAGAAACGCUUUAAAGAGCCAUUUGCGCAUUCACACGGGUGAGCGGCCGUAUCAGUGCCCCUCUUGCCCUUGGACUUUUGUAGAUAGGAACCAUCUGAAUGUUCACCUACGCAUCCACACGGGUGAGCGGCCAUAUCAGUGCCCCUCGUGCCCGCGCACUUUCAUGCAGAGGAGCCAUCUGAAUGCUCACCUACGCAUCCACUCAGGCGAGCGACCAUACCAAUGCACCAUCUGCUCCAAGUCCUUUGUGCGGUCUAGUAGCUUAAGCAAACAUAAGAAAACACAGCACUGUGACAGCCCUGAGUAAGUUGCCAGCCUUGUAGGUGUACCACAAUUAUUAGGGAGAGUCCAAAAUUAUGAAUCUACAUACCUGCGCAGUAUGCUGCAUGGCUUUGUGGUAAAUCAGGUAGCAAGUGCAGAUACGUUGUGAUAUGUUAAGCUGCCAAGCGACUUCACGAGAUGUUUUGGCAUAAUCCAACAUGUUGCAGGGAAGGUGGGCUGAUAUUGUUUUCAUUACACUAAUAGUAUUCCUGCGGUAUCACGUGCAGUGAUAUUUAUUCAGCAAGCUGUGCAACCAUUCCGUGGUGCGGAAACAGCUCAAAUUUUAAAUGAAAGCCUGUGUGCACUUCCUGUGGAGGGGGCCCAGCAUUUAGGUGGGGCAUCAAGAUCACACAUAUAAAGGCCUCAACAAUUACAGUCAGUGUUUGAUUAUUUGGACUCCGUAGGGACUGCAAAAAUGUCAGAAAAAUUGAGUAGUCCGAAAAAAAAAUCUGUUGCUUUCGCUGCCCUGAGGAGCUCAGAUUUCUACAGCGACGUUCGAAAUUACUCUGAAGGCCGCCAGUACAUUCAUUUGGUGUCUCGGUGCUCGUACUACGACAGGAAAUGGCGGUUGUGUGCGUGUGUCGUUAAGGAACACAUACAUCUGUCUUGUGACAGUGGCCUCUUUCCGCUCUUGGUAUGCUUCACUGCAAUACUUGCGUAUAUUUGAUCGCAUAACAUUGUUGUACUGCAGCAAAGCUGACUUUGGAAAUCGGCUUUAUGCCACGAGACUGGCCGUACUUUCCACACUACGAAGCUAUCGGCAAGGAUGAUGGAAAUGGAGUCGGUGCCAUUUCCGACAGCGGUGGAUCCUUUGCAUAAAAACACAGCAAACAAGGCAGAAAGAAGGAACCUGGAGACUCGUGAUGUACAUGUGAUGUCGUUUCUCGUUUCGGAUAUCAGAGAAGGCUAGAAAGAAAUGGGACUGGCAGUCACUAGUAGGAAAGGGGGUGUCUGUGUUAGCAGCGAAGCUCGCCUCCUCGCAACAUGGUGACCUCACAUUUCAAUUCCUUCUAUCUCCUUUAAUCAUGAACCAGUUUUAAAGAUUAUUGUGGUGAAAUGCGCCCCCAACGGAUCUUAAAAAGUUCCAGUGUCUAAGCAAAAUUUCUGAUAGGGCUCUGUGGGAUGCGUUGGUCUGUACUCGUGUGCACCGGAAAAGCUGACUGCAUAUGGUUUUUAUCCCAGACCAAGAUGAAUUGCUUGUCAACUGCAAAGGUUUGUUUCUGAGAAACCCAUAUAGAUUUCCUUUUGAGUUUCAUACUACAGUCAGGUUGAUGACAACUUUUUCAUUUCAUGUUUUUUAAGUGUAAAGGGGCCUUGUAACACAUUGAUAAAAUCUUUGGUAAAAGAAGGAGCACAAAUGCUAAUUUCUCAUUGGGGAGUUUGCGGUGCCGGAGUGUUUUACGUUCUAUACUCCAUCUCACAAGUAUCUUGCACCACUGCCAAAGGUACGAGGCGUACAUAAGCAUUGUAGUUCCAGGCAUAACUGGCUGAUUAUUGGCUGAAAUUGGCAUGAUACGGCACAGCGCUAGACGACAAGAAAGGGAACCGAGGGGCCCGAUUAAUAUUAAUCAUAUCAUAAGAAGCCAACUAACAAUGACACCAAGGAUAGGUGACAUGUUAUGGUCUUUGCGCAUGCACGUCUUAUACCGAGAAUUACUGUGGCACUUACCGCCGGUAAUGGUAAUAGCCACCCUGACCGGGGCACUUAUGAAAAAAUGGCAGCACCCAUACAGUGCCGACCACCCACUUCGGUUUGAAUUCACACUUUCUACUGGCUGUAUGCCCGUCCGAAAGAAACCAGGGGCAAAAUCCGUGAUCGAUAAGUCUCAUCACAAGCUGAGGUCAAAUCAUUAGGUAGGUUUUCUCGUAAUUAUUGAGAUCGGCUGUUUGGUUUAACUGCAGAUGCAGUGCUAAGCCGUAAAACUGGCUUGAUUUAUAGUUAGCAGAUGUCGCCACACCAUUAGAACUGGUGAUGCAUUGACGAUGAGGAAUGCUAUAAAGGCCUAGGCUGGUAUUUUGUAGCAAUGCCUUUCCGAUGCUAAUGCCUUUUCGUGCUUUCCGCAUCUGGUCAGUGGUCAGAGCGACGGUCCACUCACGUUAUCAGCUGGAUCAGCCGAACGUGAGCGGUGGAUGAUAAGACUAUCAUAGAAUAAAGCAUAACGCAUCGCUACAAAAUACUGACCCUAAUUGUUCACUGCAUCAUUAAUUUACUACCCCACUCUAGCAUGGUAAGUGGUGGCGGUAGGGAGAAAACGCCAAGUAGAUGCUGAACAGAUGCUGUGACGCAGGUGAACAUUUAGCAGGUUGUUCGCCCUUACCACUUGCUAAGGAGGCAGCAAGGUAACUGCAGGGAAGGCGUAAAGGUGAAGCGAAGCCCCGCUGUCGCAUACAUGUAAACGAAGCUUAUGGUAAUGGCAUCAAAGCACAUUUUGUGUCAAAAUACCAACUAUGAUGGAUGUACAGACAGGAUGCCAAGCAGAGGCUGAACACAGUGCGGAUUAGCACAUCUCAAGGCGCUUUCGGCCUUCCUGUUGGUUAAGAAAUUGUGUAGUUUCCGCAACGCUGCAAGGAACUACUGAGAUAGAGUAUAGUUCUCUCUGACAUUUCGACCACCGCAGCAGGAGGCGACAAGACGUUUCAUAUUCAUCUUCCAUCAGUAACAGAGUGACCAUAUUUCUUUUGAAAGAGGCUUUGUAUUUAGUAUUGUGCCUUGCGGCUGGUCUAAAAGGUUCAUUGUUGGCUACACGUUUGUUCCCUACUUUCUCUGCCGGCAUGUGUAUCACUAGCAGAUAAAGAAUGCUGUGUUCGCAACCUCAUGCACUGUAUAGGAUUUGCAAGAUGUAGAAUAGCUUUUGUUAGUGGGUGCACCUUUGCGAAUUUUCUUUCAUGUGUGUGACUGGUACUUCCAGUUUAUGUUCUUUGGGCAUGAAAAGAUGUGAUCUCUUCCAUUCAUCCCACAUUUUUAUUGCCUUUUGUAUGUAUAAGUCUUCGUUUAGAAUAAUAUUUUUUUAUUUCUCUGAGCCAUGUUGUUGUCUUCAUUUAUGGAAGCAUUCCUUUACAGCAGUUGAAUGACCUGCCUU